CUAUAAUUCAGUUCCAGUCUUCCAAAAUGAGUGCUAUUAUCUUUAUAAAGAAGCUCGAAAAACUAUCAGUCCCAGGAAAUGAGGCAUCAGCAGAGGAGAGGUAACCUGGCCAUCACCCAAAUUAGGGAAUGCAUCCAAAGUAUGUGGAUCCGAGUGCAGCAAUAGCGAACAACCACUAAGUGAACUUUUCAUUCUUGCCAGCCUUAUGACCGGGUGCUUCUAUGGAUGAGUGAGCAUGGACACACUAUCCAGCCAUAGCUCCUAUUUACUGCAGCAACUCCAGGAGCAGAGGAUUCAGGGAAUGCUCUGCGACUGCAUGUUGGUGGUCAAAGGGGUCUGUUUCAAAACCCACAAAAAUGUACUAGCUGCAUUCAGCUCAUAUUUCAGAUCCUUAUUCCAGAAUUCUCCCAGUCAGAAAAAUGAAGUGUUCAACUUGGUUAUCCAAGAUGUCAGUAGCAUUGGUCAAAUAUUGGACUACAUGUACACCUCCCAUCUUGACAUCAACCAAGAUAAUGUACAAGCGCUCCUCAACAUGGCUCAGUGUUUGCAAGUUCCAAACGUCCAAAGCAUGUGUAACACUUUCCUUAAGCCUUGCCCCCCACAGGUGGAAAUCCCGUCGUUUCCCCUCCCAGCCAUGCUGACUUCAGAGCAUGACUGCCUCCUAGGAAGCAGCCUGCCUAAUGAUGUUGACCUCCACUGUCCCGCUGAAGUACCAAGACCUGGCUUUAUGGAGCAAACCAAACGAAUGCGUAUUUCUGUGCCUAACACCAGUUCAAGUGAGUCAGGUAGCAACACCCAGGCCCCCGUAGAAAAACAGUUGGUAUAUGGUUACAAGCUUCGGAAUUUCUACAGUAAGCAGUACUUCAAACAAAGUGCAAUUCAGGCCUCAAAUCAGGGUGCAGGCCCUUCAGUUGUCGUGGAGGACUCGCAGUGUCAACUUGGGCUCAACCAGGGAGGCAACGACUCCCAUUUAUGCUCAGGAAACAGAGUUCAGCCCAACCCUCCUUGCACAUCCAUGGCAACUGACAAGAAUCAUGUGUCAGCACUGACACCCUCAGAUAGUUUAAACACCCCCAGCUCUGACCAUGCUGAUCCCAUCCUCAGUGGGCCAGUGCGGCCAAAGAAAACAUUGUAUCUGAAGAAAUACAACUACCUGCGUUGUCAAAAGGCUUUGGAGGAAAUGUUUGCGGAAUCAGUCAGCGAGCCCAUCCUCAACUGCCCCAAAGACAAUCGGCAAGUUGUUUCUGUGGUCCAGAUUGGGACUCAAGAAACUCCUACUGAAAGCCUUGUCACUGUCAGGGAAGACGCACCUAAGACACCGUCAGAUGCUGAAAAUCCAAGACCGCACCCUAAAAACCUUGAGGAGCAAGGACUGCAGUCCUUGCCUGAAACACCACAGCAUACGGCCCACAAAUAUUCCUGCAACGUGUGUGGAAAAAUCUUCAAGCAUCCAAGCAACCUGGAGAUGCACAAACGCUCUCAUACAGGUGAGAAGCCCUUUGAAUGUAACAUUUGUGGGAAGAACUUUUCACAGGCAGGAAAUCUACAGACACACUUGCGACGACAUUCCGGAGAGAAACCAUACAUCUGUGAGUUAUGUGGCAAAAGGUUCACUGCAUCAGGGGAUGUCCACCGUCACAAAGUGGUGCACACGGGAGAAAAACCACAUCUAUGUGACAUAUGUGGUCGAGGAUUCAACAACCUGAGCAAUCUCAAAGAACACAAGAGGACACACGCCACAGACAAGACAUUUACUUGUGACCAGUGUGGAAAAUCCUUCAACACACACAGGAAACUUCUGAAGCACAAAGCCUGCCAUGGUGGUGAGAAACCACACUGUUGUAACACCUGUGGGAAAUGCUUCAUUAGCUCAGGGGACUUACGACGUCAUCUCCGUUCUCACACUGGAGAAAAACCCUACCACUGCAAAACCUGUGGAAAAAGUUUCACACGGUCAGCCAUGUUGAGAAAACACAGCAACAAGCACUGCAAAGGUGGACCAGUUGAUGGCGCCAUCACAGACAACUCUGACCGGAAUCGGAGCUCAGAUAGAACAGUCUCGCUUACUAAAGCUAUCUGCCAAAGUGAUGCCACAAACAGGCAGCCUUUUUUUUGUCUGAUGCCUCAUGCAGGACCUGAGAAACCUUCACCACCUACUCCUUCCCCCCCAACGCCCCACGUUGAGACUCCACCUUUGAGUAUCCAGCUCAGCCCAGCAUCUACCCCAACCUCUCUCCCAGAGCUACGCCUCCUGGUGCCGCAUUAUCUCCUCGCUUCGUCCCACCAGGAGAAGAACAUAGCGCUACAAGGCCCGGAUCACAUGAAGCUGACUAAAUCACACGUCUCUCAAGAGGUUGAAGAUGGGCCCUAUGUGGAGAAUGGAGAGAUGGGUAGAGGCCUGUUUGGUAAGCCUUACCUACCGGUCCAAGACAAUUACUGUGCCACUCGGUCCCAUAGUGGCUCGUACAGGUCCAGUGAAGGCAACUUCAUCUCAAGUGUAACUUUGUGGGGCCUUGCAAUGAAAACUUUGCAGAACGAUAAUGACAUGGAUCAGUAAGACUUCAGGAACAAAUGACACUCAUCUUUGAAGAUACGCUCCAAGACGCAAAUGUGGUGUUCUCGAUUGGUUGGAUUAAGUUUUUAAACCUUGCCGCUCGUGUGAAUUUCAUUUUAUUUCAAACAGUAACUAUACGUACAAUGUAGAGUAUUUGCUCAAAAAUGUAACUGAGCUAGGAUGUGUUAAUUUUUUUUUAUCUGCUGGUAUUCAUUUUAUCACGAUUCUUUAUUAGGUUAUCGUUAUUUUUUUUUAUGUUAGCAUUGUUCCUAUUAGGAUGGAAUGGUGGAUUUUUGGUUAGCAUCUGCUUCACAUUCACAAGGUGGAUUCUCUCACUGUGCUUGCAUUGAUUUUCUUCAGAUACUCUGCUAAAAAUUCAUCUUGGAUUAUCCAUCCAUCCAUUUUCGUAGCCACUUAUCCUCACAAGGGUCGCAGGGAGUGCUGGAGCCUAUCUCAGCGGUUAACAGGCAGGAGGCCGGGUACACCCUGGACUAGCUGCCAGCCAAUCACAGGGCACAUGAAGACAGACAACAGUCACAAUCACACCUAGGGGCAAUUUAGUGUGUCCAAUUAAUGUUGCAUGUUUUUGGGAUGUGGGAGGAAACCGGAGUCCCCGGAGAAAACCCACGGAGGCACGGGGAGAACAUGCAAACUCCACAUAGGCAGGGCCAGGGUUGAACCCUGGUCCUCAGAACUGAGAGGCCAACGCUUUCCAGCUGCAUCACUGUGCUGCCUCAUCUUUAAUUAUAAGUAGUCUAAAUUCCCCAUAUCUGUGAAUCGUGUUCUCUACAUUUCACUGGCGACUCGUCCACCUCACCUGACCCAGUGUACUCUUCCAGUUUCAGAAUUGAAUGGAUGAUUUGAAAUAUUUUUGCCCGCUGUGUUGUUUUUUUUCCCAAGUUUGAUUUCAAUGCACACUUUCUUUUAUGUACAUCGUCAUCUUUAGAAAUGAACACAAAUGGUUGAAAUACUUCUAAAGCAAUUGAGAAAUUUGACCAUUCUCAUGAGUCCGUGUGACUCAUUUGGGUAACCAAAUUAUUGCAACCCUUCUCAAUAUGAUGCACAAAAAAAAAAUCAAUUAAAAUAGGGGGGGAAAAAACUGUCACACGCAACCAAAAUUGACACGUUAGAUAUUUCUUUUAUAUGAAAUGUUCGCUUUUUUAAAUUUGUAUAGAAAAGUGAAUUCAUUUCUCCAAAACCUGAGUCUUAUUCAGUCAAUGUGGGGGAUUAAAAACA